GCUCGUACACGAACACUGAUAAAGUGAACGAGUUGCUGCAUGGACAGACUGGCUACACAUCCCCAACACCAAGCAGGAGGGGAUUGCACAGCACAGCAGGGGAGGGAUGAGGCAUAUUUGGGUUUGCAAGGUCCAAGAAAGCUGAGAUGCUGGUGAAGCUGCUGGGGACCAGCCCAGAAGAGCCCUGUCCUGAAGGAGCACUGACCACUGCAGAACCACUCUUCAUCUCUCCCCCUUGGAUGUGUGUACUCAAGGGACUGGGGUGGGAGAUGGGCUCUGUGUAUUUCUGGGUUUUUUUGCAGCUCUAUCCCAAUUGCUAAGUGAGGAAAAACCUCCAUCUGUACUGAGUUGUCCUUUUUUAUACAGAGUUUUUGCAUGACAUCUCCGUAGCUCCCAUCAUCCUCAGCAGGUGGUAACAGGGAGAAGAGAAGAAUGCAGAUUGUCCUCAGAUGGCACCCCACUAAGAAAUGGUUUACCAUCUCCCAGCAGUCGCGUUUCUCAGAACAAGAAGAACCCCUUCAGAUCCCUGUGGCAUGAGAAAAGCCUCUGGCUUUUAAACCCCAGGAGGAUGUCUCUAACUGACGAGCUGGAGAGCCACUUUUCUGCCACCCCCUACAUGGUGACAGACACAGGUGAGGACAGCCUGUUCAGAAUCCGGUCCAACACCUCUGGCAAUGCCACCAGGGAUGGGAUGUCAGCCACCGGUUCCAUGGAGGACAUGAUUGCCAUCUGCACCAUCGGGACAAUCCUCUCCCUCAUGUGUGUGAUUGGGGUGACAGGCAAUGUCUACACCUUGCUGGUGAUGUGCCAUUACCUGAGAUCUUCUGCUUCCAUGUACAUUUACAUCAUCAACCUUGCGCUGGCAGAUCUGCUCUACCUUCUCACCAUCCCCUUCAUCGUCGGGACCUACUUCAUUCAGAAAUGGUACUUUGGGGACAUUGGCUGUCGCAUCCUGUUCAGUCUGGACUUCCUCACCAUGCAUGCCAGCAUCUUCACCCUCACAGUCAUGAGCACAGAGCGCUACUUUGCUGUGCUGAAGCCCCUGGACACAGUGAAGAGGUCCAAGAGCUACCGCAAGGCCAUCGCUGUUGUGAUCUGGCUGGUGUCACUGCUGCUCACUCUCCCGAUGCUCAUCAUGAUCCAGCUGGUGCAAAGGGACAAUAAAAGCAUCUGCCUGCCCACCUGGAGCAAGCUGUCCUACAAAGUGUAUCUCACCAUCCUUUUUGGUACCAGCAUUGUGGGCCCAGGGGUGAUCAUUGGCUACCUUUACAUCCGAUUGGCUAAAAUAUACUGGGUAUCACAAACAGCCUCCUUCAAACAGACCAAGAGGCUGCCCAACCAGAAGGUGCUCUAUUUAAUUUUCACCAUAGUGCUGGUGUUCUGGGCUUGCUUCUUGCCCUUCUGGAUAUGGCAGCUCCUCUUCCAGUAUUACGAAUCCUUCCCUUUAUCUCCCAAGGUGAUGAAGAACAUUAAUUACUUGACAACCUGCCUGACCUACAGCAACAGCUGCAUCAACCCCUUCCUCUACACCCUGCUCACCAAAAACUACCGGGAGUACCUGAAGAACAGGCAGCGGUCCCUCAGCAGCAACAGCGGGUACUUCCAGAGGAGGAAUCGGUUCCAGAGGAUUUCAGGGAGAUCCCUGUCCACGAGCAGCCAGCACUGCACAGAGACAUAUGUCCUUGCUCACGCCCCUUUGGGAAACAGCAGUGCCUGAAGGUAAAAAUCUAUCUCCAAGAACAAUCAAUAUUGAUUCCAAUGUUGCUUUGAUUUAAAGUGCACACUGUAAAGGUGAAGCCUUGGCAGACCCGUGAUGUGCACACAUUUAGUCCAGAGGCUGUGCCGUAUGUCUGUUCUCAUUUUCUCCAGUGCCACUGAUUUGAUGCCAGCAGGAUUCAGCUGAACAUCUAUCUAAAUAGCCUUUCACUUUUUAUCUUUAUAUUUUAUAGUGUAUGUCUCCUCAAGUAGCCAUCAGUAAUGAAAGCCUAUAACAGGGCCAUGAUUUUUAAUGGUAUCAGCUGUCUCACAGCGAUUGAAAUUAUGUUAUCCUAUGAAUGGCUGUAUUUUCCUCUUUUUUUUUUUCUCUCUAGCAGUGAUGCUAAAUUUGUAGUUGUAUGAGGACUGAAAACAAUGAAAUAAAGAGAAAACAGCUGAUGUUUGUGACACACAA